CCCCCCCCCCCCCCCCCCACACCUUCGGUGGCCUCGCCGCGCUCCUCUCUUCCUUCCCGCGGCGAACUUCCAAAAAGCUUGGACCUUUGAGUUCAAGCCGGCGACGGAUUCCGUCGAUGCGAGGCCGAAGGCGCCAGAUCCAGACCACUAACAACAUGACGCGGGCAGCAACCUUCCCACAAGCAGCGGCCAUGGCGUACUCGGCCUCCCUGCAGAGCUUCCUCCCGCCCUCGGCCCACGCGGCGACGUCGUCGUCCCAGCACCGGCCCAACCACGCCCGCCCCUUCCAGUGCGCGGCCGUUUCCGCCCCGUCGGCGGCGGCCGCCUCGCCGUCGGCCUCGGCCGUCCCGGCGGAGCGGCUGGAGCCGCGGGUGGUGCAGCGCUGCAACGGGAGGGCGGGUACUGGGUGCCUCACAAGCUCACCAAGCUGCCCAUGGAGCAGAUCGACGCCGACAAGCUCACCAAGCAGGACGUCGACGUGCGGCUCAAGUGGCUCGGGCUCUUCCACCGCCGCAAGCAGUAGUGUAUACCCCUGCUCUGUCAAGGUUCUGAGGCAUUAUCUUGUUGAGGACUCAUGUUGAGAUCAAUCACAAACAUCAUUGCGGCGGUGGAGCACUUGCUCAGGUUUACAAUCAAGUUCUCUUUAAUUCAGCAGCAACAGCAACAGAGGCGGGGGCGGGCGCGGAGAGGAAGACCCUGGGGAGGAGAGGUUGAGCAGGGCCAACGCGGCGAUGAAGACCCUGGGCCAGAGUGGCGACGAAGACCCAGCGCCGCGACGGCGACCAAAAUUGUCCGCGGCGACGGCGGCCAAGGCGGACCAAAUCGAGGACCUAGUCAUCAAUUUACUGCUUCUUGGCACGAUUCAGAGGGAGGUGACGAAGAGGAAGAACUUUAGGAGCAAUCCCGCUGCUCAGGUAGGCGAGGGCACACCCAUGGCGGCUGCGCGCAGCUGGGCGGCGGCGCAAGGCGCCUCCGUGGAGGUUCUGCGCGUCUCCUCCGCGACGACGCAGGUCGUCUCCUGCACAGGCGGCUGGGUCCUGCAACACGCGGAGACUCUCUCUGGGUGCUGAGGAGAACGGGGGAGGAAGACGGGGGAUGGUGGCCGGAGCCGGCGACGCGCGAGGGACGGUGGAGAACUGAGGAAGGAGACGGGGGCGUUUUUUUAAAUGAUUCAAAAGUAUCAGGACAUGUUUGCAAAAUGCAUAAUGUACAGCACGCGCGACAUCUAAAUCCGAACGGAGGGAGUAGAUUUUGCUGGUUGCCUUGCCUGCUCAUGUAUGUGCAGGUUACAGGCCGGGCUGCGGCGAGGUACACUCCCCAAGUUCCUGUUCCCCCUAUUUGCUCGCAUAUUGUAAGUCUAGGUCUCGAAUCGGAAUGCGCUAGGACUUUGUCUGGUGAACAUGGGUUGCAAUCGAGGGGGGGACAGAGGAAAAAAAUGUUUUAUUCAGUUUUUACAGCGUGGUUUUUUUUGUCCACCUUCCGAUUUGUUGCACGUGGCUAUCUCCCUAUGGAGGGCUUUGGCUGAGCUGUACUGCCAUCUUCCAACCUUUGCCCAUGCGCGAGCCCAUCAGUGAUGCCGCUGCUUUCCUUCCUUGGAAGUAGAUGCUCCUGGAAUUCUCCGACCGCCGAUGUGAACUUUUCAGAUGAUAAGUUUUCAUAUGCCUCCCAUUCGUAUUUCAUAACGGAUUGCGUCAAUCCAACCCAUUGAUAGUUGUCACUGCUCUCUCGCUUGGGAACCUUGACCCCGCUCGUGUUUGUUUGGCUGCUAGUACC